AAGGGGUCCAAUCGCCUUCUCAAAGCCCGGAAUUGGUACAGGUUUGAUGUGCCCAGAUCUUCAUCCGCCUGCAAAUCUGACAGCCGACUUACACGAGCCUCAAAGCCGCAGAGCAGGUCACCUUGCUCGUGGGGGCUUCCCAAGCCCUACGCCGCCCUGCACCAGUCCUUUGGGCACCGUCAAUGACAAAACUCUGUAGCCCAGAAAUCUCCCAGCAACUUGGCCCUCAUCUCCGUCUUGCCAUAUUGCUCAGCCUACACAGCCUCCUUCGGUCACCUGUGAUGGCGCCCGUAUCCGCUGGGGAUCGACAAGACAGCACGGAUAAUUUGCUUUUGGGGAAUCUUGCUGAGCCCCAGCCCAGACUCUUGGUGACGAACCGUUUCGCUCCGCGUUUCUCGUCCACGCUGAGCCCGCGUGGCCAAGAUGGCCCAAACUCCAAGCCCGCCUCUCAUUCGGCCAGGACUGCCUACCAACCUGUUGUGAUAAUCUAAGCCCCAUGGUUAUAUCUCCGUGGCAGGAAAAUGGUAUGAGCCCUCGCAACUAGCCGAUCGCUGCGUCUCCAUGGCUUGGCUUGGCUGCGGACAUCUUGAGUCUAUUUUUGACGGCGUGUGGGCAAGGCAGGACGGAAAAGUCUUGGUCGCGUUCCUCUGUCUUAUAAUUUGUUCCCUCGUCGUCGUCCAACAUGGCAUGGAACUCCGUUUCACACCUCUGAAUAUUUGCCAAGAGCCUGAAGUCCCGAGAGCCCAUCAUGCCGGAACAUCAUGAAUUAGACAUCGCGGCCCUCCUCCUCCUGCUGGCAAAGAAGGCCGGAGCCGCAAGCAUCGGAACAAAGCUGCAACUGAGACAAGAUGACGACGGCAUUGACACGCCAGAUGACGAUGACGAUGCUGUCCCGGUCCCGGCCCCGGCCCCCACAACCACAGACCCAGCGACAGCAACCACAUCCGCAGCCUCAACGAGCACCGAUGCUGCGAGUUCGGCCCGAUCACUCGACACGGGCUCCAAAGCUGGGAUCGCAAUUGGUGUGAUUGUGUUUGUGAUCUUCCUCGGGGGUGUCGUAUUUAUGUACUGGAGACGGCGGGGGCGAAGAUGGGGGCGGCGGAACAAGAACAACAACAACAACAACAGCAACAACAAUAACAAUAACAGCAACAACAACAACCAUGAGGGCCAUUACCCUAACCAGCCCAACAUGGCGAUGACAGCACAUAAUGUAGCACGCAAAUCAGUCAGCGACUCCUCGCCGCCGCUUGGUUCGAUCUCACCGCCGUCGACAAACCCAGACGCCGGCCGACCAUGGUUCGACAACGGGCACGGGAGCUCCGAGCUGCCCAGCCGAGAGGCCAGGGACGGGGUCGGGGGCUGGGUCUAUGACAAGGCGGAGCUGAGUGCUCCCGAGGCGGGGAGUGCGCAAGAAGCACCGGGCCGGCCACAUCCUCAUCACCAGUACCACCAAUAUUCGAACUCGACAGAACUACCCACCGCAGGUAAUCAGAUCCACGAAAUCCCGGAGGCCAGCGCAUGCUCGUACGCACCGGUAGAGCUGCCCGCUGCCAUGCCGGACCACAGCUUCAGGUACAGCGGCUUCACGGGGUUCAGCGGUGGUGAAGGGGAGGAUAUCGGCAGGAAUGCCAGCACGAGGACCAGCAACACAGAUGGGUCUGCGAAUAGGAGAGAAAGCCUAGCGCCGACAUUCACAGUGUCAUCGCCGGCGACGACGGUUGCGGAGACUGUCUCUGAUUCUGGCUAUGGCAACCAGGUGUCACCAGCUUCUCCAUACGCAAGAAGCGCGGCUGGUGGCAAUACGAUGUAGACGACUUUUGAAUUGCGACAUCUGGAACCUUGAAUUUGACUCUGGCCUACGCCGAAGCGCAAUGAGCAGAAAUUGUUGAAUCGCGG